AUGUGGUAUUUUGCAAGUAUUUUAUUAUUUUUUGUUCUUACAUCAUGCGAAGAACUAGAUCCUGUUGUUUCUAUAGAACAAGGAACCGUAGUUGGCAAUUAUGUUAGCGAUGGCAAUUAUUUUGAGUUUUAUGGAAUUCCGUACGCCGGUUCUACAUCAGGCAUUAAUAGAUUCAAGGGACCGCCACCACCGCCUAUAUUUGAUGAAUACUUUGAGGCCAAUCGAAAGGACAUAAAAUGUAUAAGAGCUCUGGGAGUGGGAUAUGAAGGAACUGAAGAUUGCUUGGUAGCUAAUGUCUUUACUCCAACUCUCGACACUAAACGAAAUCUUCCUGUAAUGGUAUGGGUAAAAGGAAAAGAAUUUGAUAAAGUUUACGAGCCAGAGUUGUCUUUUCGAAACUUUAUGUCAAAAGAAGUGGUAGUUGUUUCGUUAAAUUUCCGUGAAUCAAUAUUAGGAUUUCUGUGUCUUGGAACCGAAACUGCCCCUGGCAAUGCAGGUCUUAAGGAUAUAAUAGCAGGAUUGCGAUGGGUACGGGAAAAUAUUGCAGAAUUUGGGGGAAAUCCCAAUGACAUUACUUUAUUUGGACAUGGAAGUGGGGGUGCAGCUGUAGAUUUAGUUACUUUAUCUCCAUUAGCAAAAGGAUUGGUACAAAAAGCAAUUUCUCAAAGUGGUAAUGCAUUUGCUCCAUGGGCAGUAACUCGUGACAGUUUAAAUUCAGCGAUUACAGUAGCCAAAGCUCUUGGACAUUCCGUGGAUAAUAUAGAAACACUGUCUGAAGUAUUUACUAAAAUUAGUAUUAGUGCAUUAAUGGGUGUUAUUAAUGAGCUCGAAUUUACCGAUAAUUCAUUAGCAUUUGCUCCAUGCAUAGAAAAAGAACACCUAAAUGGAGUGGACCCCUUUCUAAUUAAAUCACCAUAUGAAAUUGUUACUGAAGGCGAUUAUUUUCCAAUACCGUUUAUGAUUGGUUUUGUGGAUAAUGAAGGAACUAUCAAGAGUGAAGAGUUAAUAGAAUCAGAUUGGUUGAAUAAAAUGGUUAAUUCUUUUUCUGACUUCAUACAAUCUGAUUUAAUUUUUGAUUCACUAGAACAAAAAGCACAAGUGAGCAGUGAUAUUAAAUACUUUUAUUUUGGAGGACAAUCUACAAACGAUGUUGGUAGUUAUUUGAAAUAUCAUGGCGAUACUAUGAUAUCAGUACCUACUAUAAGAGAAGUACGUCUACGAUCACUUACUUCCUCUGCACAUGUCUACCUAUAUCAAUUUUCUUACAAAGGAACAUUAGGCGCAAAUUUUGUUGGACCUUUGAUCAAUUUUGUAAAGAGCGCAGCACAUAGUGUGGAAUUAGCAUAUUUAUUUCAUGACGAUAUUGAUGAAGGUAAUGUUCCUAUUUUAGACCUCACAAUUGGAGAUAUUUUAAUAGAACGGUGGACAAAUUUUGCUAAAAAUGGAAUACCAGUUAGUGAAACUUCUAAUAUACUUUGGGAGCCGUUUACUAUGGAAGAACAAAAAUAUUUGCGAAUACUAGACAGCCAUGAAGUUAAAGAAGCAACGUUAGAAAUACCUUUGACAAAUCCGCUUGGUGAAACAAUGACCUUAUGGGAUGAAAUGUAUGAACUAUAUUCUAUGGAUGCCAGAGGAACGUGGGAAAUAAACAAAAGGAAUGAAGAAAUUUCGGAAGAUGAAGACGUGGAUGAAAAUGAGGAUGGAGAUGUGGACGUAGAUGAGGAAGAGGAAUAUGAAGAGGACGAAGACGAAGAGGAGGAAGACGAUGAAGAGGAAGAGUUGGAGGAACAGGAAGGUGAUGAUGAUGAGGAGGAAGACGGUGAUGAGGAGGAAGAAGACAAGGAUGAGGAGGAAGACGGUGAUGAGGAGGAAGAAGACAAGGAUGAGGAGGAAGACGAGGAUGAUAAGGAAGACGAGCAUGAGGAGGAAGACGAGGAUGAGGAGGAAGACGAGGAUGAGGAGGAAGACGAGGAUGAGGAGGAAGACGAGGAUGAGGAGGAAGACGAGGAUGAGGAGGAAGACGAGGAUGAGGAGGAAGACGAGGAUGAGGAGGAAGACGAGGAUGAGGAGGAAGACGAGGAUGAGGAGGAAGACGAGGAUGAGGAGGAAGACGAGGAUGAGGAGGAAGACGAGGAUGAGGAGGAAGACGAGGAGGAGGAGGAAUCCGAGGAUGAGGAGGAAGACGAGGAUGAGGAGGAAGACGAGGAUGAGGAGGAAGACGAGGAUGAGGAGGAAGACGAGGAUGAGGAGGAAGACGAGGAUGAGGAGGAAGAAGAGGAUGAGGAGGAAGACGAGGAUGAGGAGGAAGACGAGGAUGAGGAAGAAGGAGAGGAUGAGGAGGAAGAAGAGGAAGAAGAGGAGGGAGAAGAGGAAGAAGAGGAAGAGGAAGAAGUGGAAGAGGAGGAAGAAGAGGAAGAGGAGGAAGAAGAGGAAGAGGAGGAAGAAGAGGAAGAGGAGGAAGAAGAGGAAGAGGGAGAAGAUGAGGAAGAGGAGGAAGAAGAGGAAGAGGAGGAAGAGGAGGAAGAGGAGGAAGAGGAGGAAGAGGAGGAAGAUGAGGAAGAGGAGGAAGAUGAGGAAGAGGAGGAAGAGGAGGAAGAGGAGGAAGAGGAGGAAGAGGAGGAAGAGGAGGAAGAGGAGGAAGAGGAGGAAGAGGAGGAAGAGGAGGAAGAGGAGGAAGAGGAGGAAGAGGAGGAAGAAGAGGAAGAAGAAGAGGAGGAUGAGGAUGAGGAUGAGGAUGAGGAUGAGGAUGAGGAUGAGGAUGAGGAUGAGGAUGAGGAUGAAUAUGAGGAAGCCUCAGGACAAGGUACCGACGAACCUGAUUCAGCAUCAACUGCUGUAGGAUAUACAUUAACUAUAACAUCAAUAUUCGCAGUAUUAAAUAAAAUCCAUUUAUCUCGGAUACUUUCAUAG